AAGGGGCAGAAGCUGUGCCCAAGGUACAAGGCAAUGUUAGAACUGGUGAUCUCACCCAGCCUCGCAGCAAGCAGUAACCGCUGGGAAACCCUGACGCGGAGCGACGACGGCGCCGCUGUGGGGGCUCUGAGUGACAGAGAAGGCAUCUCCAAAUCGGCCCCUCCCAACGUGCCUCAGCUCUUUGCAAGGCCUCACCCACGUGUCCCUCCUGGCCAGCCUUCUGCAGCCAUGGCAGCCUACGGCCAGACGCAGUACAGCACAGGCAUCCAGCAGGCACCGCCCUACACAGCAUACCCACCUCCAGGACAAGCCUACGGGAUUUCUUCUUACAGUAUCAAGACGGAAGACAGUUUGAACCAUUCCCCCAGCCAGAGCGGAUUCCUGAGCUAUGGGCCAAGCUUCAGCACCGCAUCUGCUGGACAGAGCCCCUACGCCUACCCCGUGCACAGCACGUCAGGACUCUAUCAAGGCACCAAUGGAUUGACCAAUGCGGCCGGAUUCGGGAGCGUGCACCAGGAUUACCCCUCCUACCCUGGCUUCCCGCAGAGCCAGUACCCCCAGUAUUACAGCUCCUCCUACAACCCUCCCUACGUCCCCGCCAGCAGCCUCUGCCCUUCGCCCCUCUCCACGUCCACCUACGUCCUCCAGGAGGCUCCUCACAACGUCCCAAACCAGAGUUCCGAGUCGCUGGCCGGUGAAUACAGUACACACAACGGGCCCUCCACACCGGCAAAAGAGGGUGACACAGACAGGUCACAUCGGGCCUCAGAUGGGAAACUGCGUGGACGGUCAAAGAGGAACAGUGACCCUUCCCCAGCAGGGGACAAUGAGAUUGAGCGUGUGUUCGUGUGGGACUUGGAUGAAACCAUCAUCAUUUUCCACUCCCUGCUCACGGGGACCUUUGCAUCCAGAUAUGGAAAGGACACCACAACCUCUGUGCGCAUCGGCCUGAUGAUGGAGGAGAUGAUCUUCAACCUCGCCGACACACACCUGUUCUUCAAUGACCUGGAGGACUGUGACCAGAUUCAUGUGGACGAUGUCUCAUCCGAUGACAAUGGUCAGGAUUUAAGCACAUACAACUUCUCCACUGAUGGCUUCCAUAGCACGGCACCAGGGGCCAGCCUAUGCCUAGGUACAGGUGUGCAUGGCGGUGUGGACUGGAUGAGGAAACUGGCUUUCCGAUACCGCAGGGUGAAGGAAGUAUACAACACCUACCGCAACAAUGUGGGUGGUUUAAUAGGCGCUCCCAAAAGAGAGACAUGGCUGCAGCUGCGUGGCGAGCUAGAGGCCCUGACUGACCUCUGGCUCACCCACUCCCUGAAGGCCCUUAACCUCAUCAACUCGAGGCCCAACUGUGUCAAUGUGUUGGUCACCACCACUCAACUGAUCCCUGCGUUGGCCAAGGUCCUGCUGUACGGCCUGGGCUCCGUGUUCCCCAUUGAGAACAUCUACAGUGCCACCAAAACAGGCAAAGAGAGCUGCUUUGAAAGAAUCAUGCAGAGAUUCGGCCGCAAAGCUGUCUACAUCGUGAUAGGUGACGGCGUGGAAGAGGAGCAAGGCGCCAAGAAGCACAACAUGCCUUUCUGGCGGAUAUCCUGCCACGCUGACCUGGAGGCACUGCGGCAUGCCCUGGAACUGGAGUAUCUAUAGCAUCGAGGAUCAAGGCCACCAUCUGCCGUCCACCACCCAGGCCCCUGCCAUCUUACCUCCGUGACAGCCCCAGACACCAGACACUGGGCAGGGGCCCAACACAUCCCAUGGCCACUCAGAUGUGUCCAUUCAACCCAAAGGAGAGUCCUCUUCCCUUGGGGACAGAGUCAGACUGUCCAAGCAAGGGAGCUCUGGCCGGGGAGGGCGAGGGAACACUGUCCAGGGAAGGUGAAGGAGCGGCUGUCUUGUUCUCUUUUUAAUUUAUGGACUGAUCUCAUUACCCCCAUUACCCUCUGGUCCCUGUGUUGUGGGUUUCUUGGCUGUUGGUCUGAUUUGGGGGUCUAGGCUGGCUACGGGGUGGUCCCCAGUUCUAUCUGAAGCCCACUAUCCUCCAGCUUGAGGGACAAUCAUUCUCUGGGCAUUGGUGAGGGAGGGGACCCAGGCUAUGGGGAGAACCGUUGCAUACUUUCGCUUUCCAAGCCCCUCCCCAUGUCAUGUGGACAGUGUGCGUGCCUUAUGCCGCCAUCUUGUUUUGUAGGGACCCUGGGAAGAAAGCAGUACUUUGCGAUGGAGAAAGACAUUAAAUAAAACCACGUUUACAUUUUAA